UUUAAACCUGGACAAGAUGGCGGAAGGGGACGCGGCUCGGUACGGGCAGGGAGUGGAACAGCCUCGGCUUCAACCGGACUUGGCAGGAGAGAGCUAUGAGGAUGCAGAAGAGAAUGCCUCUUUGGAUGCUGAUGAAGAAGUGAUUACUGAAAAGCCAUGCCCAGUACAGAUAGUUCUUGCUCAUGAAGAUGAUCAUAACUUUGAACUGGAUGAAUCAGCAUUGGAGAGAAUCUUGCUUCAGGAACACAUACGAGAUCUCAACAUUGUAGUAGUUUCUGUUGCUGGUGCAUUCCGUAAAGGCAAAUCAUUUCUCUUGGAUUUCAUGCUUAGGUAUAUGUAUAACAAGGAGUCAUCAUCUUGGAUAGGUGGAAAUAAUGAGCCUUUGACUGGCUUUACAUGGAGAGGAGGGUGUGAGAGAGAAACAACUGGCAUUCAAAUUUGGAGUGAAGUAUUCAUAAUUCCCAAGCCUGAUGGGACAAAGGUUGCUGUAUUACUAAUGGAUACCCAAGGUGCCUUUGAUAGCCAAUCAACUAUCAAAGAUUGUGCAACAGUAUUUGCUUUAAGCACCAUGACAAGUUCAGUCCAGGUAUACAACUUAUCACAGAACAUCCAAGAAGAUGAUCUUCAGCAUUUGCAACUGUUUACAGAGUAUGGAAGGCUAGCAAUGGAAGAAAUUUACCAAAAGCCAUUUCAGACUCUUAUGUUCUUAAUUAGAGACUGGAGCUAUCCAUAUGAACAUCCAUAUGGUUUAAAAGGAGGAAAACAAUUUCUAGAAAAGCGAUUGCAGGUAAAGUUGCACCAGCAUGAAGAGCUUCAGAACGUAAGGAAGCACAUUCACUCAUGUUUCAGUAACCUAGGCUGUUUCCUGUUGCCGCACCCUGGCCUUAAAGUUGCAACUAACCCAAACUUUGAUGGGAGGCUAAAUGAUAUUGAUGAAGAGUUUAAGAGAGAGUUGCGGAAUCUGAUUCCUUUGCUGCUUGCCCCUGAAAAUCUGGUAGAAAAAGAGAUUAGUGGCUCAAAAGUGACUUGUAGAGAUCUUGUACAAUAUUUUAAGGCUUAUAUUAAAAUCUAUCAAGGAGAGGAAUUACCUCAUCCUAAAUCAAUGCUUCAGGCAACAGCAGAAGCCAACAACCUUGCUGCAGUAGCUGGAGCAAAAGAUACUUACAACAAAGAAAUGGAACAGGUUUGUGGUGGAGAUAAGCCUUACAUAGCUCCUGCAGACUUAGCGCAAAAGCAUCAAGAUCUUAAAGGAUUAGCAGUCAAACAUUUCCGUUCUGUGAAGAAGAUGGGAGGCGAGGAGUUCUGUCGCCGUUACCAGGACCAGCUUGAAGAAGAGCUUGAUGAAAUCUAUGCAAACUUUGUGAAGCACAAUGAUGGCAAAAACAUCUUCUAUGCUGCUCGUACACCAGCGACUCUAUUUGCUGUCAUGUUUGCUAUGUAUAUAAUCUCAGGACUGACUGGAUUCCUUGGCAUGAACUUCAUAGCAACCCUGUGUAACUUUGUGAUGGGCUUAACACUUGUCUCCCUUUGUACAUGGGCAUAUGUUAAAUACUCCGGGGAAUUCAGAGAAAUUGGAACACUCAUUGAUCAGAUGGCGGAAGUACUAUGGGAACAGGUGAUAAAACCUCUUGGGGAUAAUUUGAUUGAGGAUACCAUGAGACAAUCGGUUACAAACUCUAUCAAAGCAGGCCUGACUGAACAGAUGUCUCAGCAUGCCAGAUUAAAGACAGAUUGACAGCUCACCUCAUCUCAUCUGCCUGUCCAUCCUAGACUUGCUUGCUGUACAAUGAGAACUCAAUAAACCAAAGUUUACAUUUGACUAUAAAGCACUAGUUUAGUCUGACUGGAUUCCUAAUGUACUGCCAUCGUAUUGUGGGAAGAUAACAGUAGGAGUUCAGGAGAAGAAAUUGGACUGUUUUUAAGAGUUUAUCCGUGAUUUGCUCCCGCGAUGUCAUGGAAAUGGGGAAAGGGAAGAUCAUAACCACAAUACCAGUGCUCUUUGUGCCCAGGGGAAGGAGGUAUGGUCUGAUUUAUGGAAAUGUAUCUACUGUAAAGGGUUUUUCAGGGAAGUAUCAAAACUAUACAGUGAAAUCUUUUAACAGAAUGUAUAACCACACAAAGUCCCAUUAAACGUUUUAAUUUUCAGCAUUUAUAACAUGAGUCCAGUUGACGUAUCAGCAGUAGCAGUCAACUGAGAAGUCAUGUUUGAGCCACUACAUUUUUCUGCUCUUCCAUUACUGCCUUCUCUACCAGUAUUACCCAAACGCAUGUGUAUUGUUCUCCACAGAUGCUACAUUUAGAGAUUAACAGUAACAUUGUCCUGCUUUUUUUCAGUUUAGAGACCUUGUCUUACAGGAUAUGCAUAUCAAGAAAAGAGCUGUUUUUCUCUGCAGUUUUAGCCUACAUGUAUAUACAAUAUGCCAUUAUUACUGAGGGCAGAAAAUCCAUCCAAAAAUUCAAAGUCUGUUUCCUACAGCUACAAAGCAAUGAGUUCAGAUUGUCUGUACAGUGUGUCUAGUUAUUUUUUUAAUCACAGGGCAUGUAUAAAAUAUAAAUAUAUAAAUACAAUUUUGUAUCAAAGUUUUGUAGUUUAUGGCAAAACCUGGUUCUGUGAUCAGCUAAGUACAGUCCCUGUAAAGGAAUGUUUGUGGCUCAUGUAAAUGUGUGGAUGCAUAAAAACAAUUUAGUUUUUUUGAUAUAUUUGUGAUAUUUACCUGCCUUGAACACUGCAGUCUCAUCCCACGGGAAAUCAGUGGGAAUGUUUGUUGUGAUUGUCUUCAGUUACAUUUUAAAGUUAUUUCCUGUAAUUUAUUUUCUGGUACAUUAAAAUCAAAUGUGUAUAUAUGAAAUUAAACCCAUGAUUUUAUUUAAA